CGCAUGCGGCGCGCCUCCGCGCAGUGAGGACCCGAGCGUCGCCGCCACCGCACGCCGCGCCAGAAGCACGCUUGCGCUAAUAAUAUGGCAGAGAAAACAUUUACGAGGAAGCAAGUCGCCGACAGCGGCAACGCUAAGAAUGUUCUGUUCAUCAUCAACAAUGACGUGUACGACGUGAGCAAGUUCAUCGACGAGCACCCCGGCGGGCACGAGGUGCUGGUGGCCGUGGCCGGCAAGGACGGCACGGAGGAGUUCGAGGACGUCGGCCACAGUCUCGACGCUAAGGAGCUCAUGCUCAAAUACAAGCUGGGCACGCUGGUCGCCGAGGACCGCGUGGAAGUGAAGAAGAAGCAGUACAACUGGAGCGACAACGACACGAAGGACUCCGACUCUGGCUUCAUGUCGUCGUGGAAGUUCCCGCUGCUGCUCGGCGUGGUGGUCACGGUGCUGUACUCCUACCUGUUCGCGUAGGGCGGCCCUGAGCCCCGCAGGCGGAGCAGGCCGGACAGUGCGUCGCCGGGACCUCUGUAAACAUUGGUUAUUGUGGCCUUGACUGACGGCUUGUGUGACAUUGGUUGUUUGGUACGCCUUGUUAAGUUUUUAUGUAUGAUUGUGUAUGAUUGAUUAGACAAUCAAUUAAAAUAUGUCGAGUGGUCAUUUGCGUUUUGCCACAGUUGACCUGAUUACCACACGGUACCAAGCCGGCCGCGGCAUCCUGGAAAUUAAUUAUUGAAUAAUUAUCGAAUCGCGCAUUAUUGCAUUGCACUCAUUUAUUUCAUUUUAAGUGGUUGACUUGACUCUUGACAUUCCAGAAAAGUUAUCUUAUUAACAAAUGUAAAGGAAGCUUAAUAUUAAUUGAUUUAUUUGUACUGUGUAAAUAUAUAUUUUAUAAAAAGAUUAUGUAAUAUAUGACGUUAUGUUAACAUAUUUUGUUGUGAAAUCGAAUCGUCCCUUUACGUUAUAUAGUUAUCGGAUUGAAGGUGCUUAGCUAAGUGGCAAGUUUUGCCAAAUAAAGAUUUCUUUAUUACUGUUUGUUA